AAGUAUAUAAUUUAUAUCAAACUGCUGGUGAGUUCUAAAACUUAUUUUACGAGUUAUCAGUUUAUCUAAUCAGUAAUCAGCAAUUAAAUUAAUAUGAAUCGGUUGCCUCUUCAUGAUGCCUUGAAGUCUUUAGCUUGGCUGGAAGGCACCUGGAAGACGGAGGCAGGGAAAGGUAAAUUUCCUACCAUUAAAUCCUUUGGGUACCACGAAGAAAUAAGAUUCACUUCAAUAGGACAGCCCAUGCUGAAUUAUGAAUCCCAGACUUGGCAUCCGGAGAAAAAGACUCCAAUGCACAGAGAAGUUGGUUUUCUUAAAAUAAUUCCGGGGACUAAUAAAGUUAAAUUUAUAUUGUCGCAUAACUUUGGGCUGACUACCAUCGAAGAAGGUGUUGUUGAUGCUCAGAGGAUUAAACUAGACAGUACUUCGAUUGCUAGAGUUACUGAGGGGACUAAAGAUCCUGCUGUUACUCAAUUGAGAAGAGAAUUUUUUGGCAAUGAAAAUACUCUAGAACAAAUAGUUUACAUGGCAACGACGAACACUCAAGAAUUAACAGAACAUUUGCGUGCUACUUAUAUAAAAGUUGAUUAAGAGUGAGUGAAAAUUGAAUUUAAAAUAGUGUAGUAAUUUAUUUUAAUUUUCGAUCGAGCUUGUAUGUAAUUUUAGUAACUUAAAUUCAAAUUUAAAUACUUCACUAAUUGGUUAAUUAAUUUCUAACUUUCUCACUGCGUUAAAAAACUAAAGCUGUCUGUCAUAAGUCAUAAUAAUUUAAAAAAUUAUAAAAUUGUAAAAUUAAUAAAAGGUAAAGUGUAAAUUUAAGUUGUGAAAUUUAAUUUCCGGGAUGCAUGCGGGCUGUUUUUAGCUUGCGAUCGACCAGGUUUCAAUUGAUGUAAGAAGCCUGUCUGUAUAAAUAUCUGCGACUUGUGAACUUUGAAUAGGACAAAGUUUCGAGCAUAAUUUUGCGUGCCGCAAUUAAGCAGAGCUAAAAAAAAUAAUUUGCUAUCAGUACCGGCGGUAUUAGAUAGCGACUGUUGUAUCAGAGUUAAAACUUGGGGGGGUAGUCAGUAAGGUAGGGGUUGGAACACCUGUACCUUGAAUAUGAAGUGAACCCACCCCCUAUAUCAGACGCGUCACGACUCCCUAAUGCGACAGUUGCUUGCGGUAGCGGGAGCCCUCAACUUCUAUUGAAUUUUAUACCGUACUUCCGGCAACUUUUUGUUGUUCAAUUCUACACUUUAGUUUAUUGAAUAAAAAAAAAAGCAAUAGUAAUUAAAAAUUAAUUAUUUGGUAUUGAACAUGUAUUACUUUUCAA